AUGUCUGUCAGAUCAACAAGAAGGAACAAUGUAAGUCAUGGAAAACAAAAAUAUCUUUUCUUUUUUAAUUGGAUUGUCUGUAAUUUUAAAACACUUUUGAGCUUGAUUACAGUCAUUUCAUUUCCAUGUACUUUUGAUUUGACCUUCUUUGUUAUCGUCUCCCUCACAGAGCCCCUGGACCAUGGCUCCAUUAGGGAUGGUUGAUUUAAUGGGGUGGGCCUCAACCCCUGAAGUGGGCAUCAUAUCUCUUAUCGUCUUCCUCGUCCUCAGCGUCACUCUCGUCGCCCUUUGUGCCAGGUGUCACAGGUGAGCAGACAGGUUACAUUCAUUCUAACGUACUUUUUACCGACUUCUUCUCGAAUUUUGCGUCUUUAAACGAUGAGUAAUAUCACCAAAAGUAUGAGUAAUCGUGACCCAAACUGCCACCCUGUUCCGACAAGUCUCGUCCUGUUUGGAGUGGCUGGAUGAUAAUUCAUAAUCCAGUCUUCAGACGUUAAUUGCUAUUCAUAACUUUACAGCUGCGCAUAACAGAGACUUGUUCGACUCGACGGGUGGUUUUUGAUGAGGGGUGUUGCCUGUUUGAAGAGAAGGAAGUGCAUUUUUUUUAGACUGAGUGAGCCGCUUCUGGUCAUCCGGUGACUCCGAUGAGAUCAUUGUAUCAAUACCCACACAUGUAUACAUGCACGUGUGUUUGUACGCCCAUUCAUGGUGUUGUCACACCAAACAUACGGGUGACAGUAACACACAGGUACUGUGGGGUGACACAAUAGUCUUAUCUAUGCAGUCUGUUUCUGUACAUUCCACGGCUUCUUUGUCACUUAGAGGUAUGCAGCAGGAGUGGGACGUGGCGAUGGAUAGACAGUUUAUCUAUGACCAGUCCCAAGUUAGAAAAACAGUCUGAGUUAAGUUUUGUUUCGAAUCUAGAGUGAAAUGAAAACAACUCACUAAGUAAGUCAAAUCUGCAAAGACUGGAGGAGGAGAAUUGGAAAAAUUCAGCCUGGACUCAGCUGAGCCGGUCGAGUCUAAUCCAAAAAUAAGGAUUAACUCUAAACACCAUACUGUAGACUGGUGCAGUGGAGCUGGACGAGCUUUUUUAGGAACCGGGCCUGUAACUGUAACAUCUAACAUCUCCAAUCUAUGUUGUUUUCAUCGACAGGGGCAGCGGGAAUGCAUACGACAUAAACGGCACAACGGUAUGAGCUCAAAGCUACUCCUCUUUCUCUCUCUGUUUAUUCAUGACCGUUCUGUGUUGUCCUCAUAACCUCUUGUUUCUUUCUCUCUGCAGAAUGAAGGAGCAGAUGGGAUGGAUGAUACAAAGACCGGUGGAGCUGGUGAGUUCUCUGCAAAUGGGAAAAAAAAAAAUCAACCCAAAAUUUUGCAUUUCACUCAUAUUUUCUGAUCGGACAUUUUCAGACCCGGCCUAUUCGAACUGGAGGGAUCACAAGCUGCCUCCGAACACGCUGGAGAGAAACGCACAAGCGCAAGCUGCGCAAAACUAA